AUGGGUAUGGUACAAUAUUACCAUUCAUUUCUUCCAAAUUUGGCAACAACCUUCGCACCUUUGCAUAAGCUUUUUAAAAAAGAUGCCCAGUGGAAAUGGACGUCCGAAUGUCAAAAAGCUUAUGAUGUUUGUAAACAAAGUCCUACUAGUGAUACCCUGUUAGUACACUACGAUUUAAAUAGGAAAUUAAGACUUGCUUGUGAUGCAUCAAGUUACGGACUUGGUGCCGUUCUGAGUCAUGUGUUGGACAAUGGUCAGGAAAGACCAAUUGCUUACGCAUCUCGCACACUUAGUCAAACUGAGAAAAAUUAUGCCCAAAUUGAGCGUGAGGCAUUGUCGAUAGUGUUCGGGGUAAAGAAAAAAUUUCACCAGUUUCUGUAUGGUCGAAAUUUUACAUUGAUCACAGAUCACAAACCACUAUUGGCAAUUUUGGGUCCUAGGUCUGCAAUUACCACACUUGCUGCUGCAAGGAUGCAAAGGUGGGCAUUGAUACUCUCUGCCUAUGAUUAUGUGAUAGAAUACAAAUCAUCUGAAAAACAUGCUAAUUGUGAUGCACUCUGUAGGUUGCAACAUCAAAACUCAACUAUAGGUAGUGAGAGUGCAAUCUACCAGGUAAGUGCAAUCGAUGAUGAUUUUCCAAUUACUGCAAAAGAUAUUGGGAAGGCAACUAAAGUUGAUUCUGUUCUCUGUAAAGUAUAUUAUUAUAUCAUGUCAGGUUGGCCUGAGAAUUGUCAGGAUGAAAAUCUGAGACCAUAUCAUAACCGAAAGCUGGAAUUAUCCUGCGAACAAGAUUGUGUUCUGUGGGACUCCAGAGUGGUUAUUCCACCAGUUUUUAGAGAGAAAUUGCUCAAUAAAUUACAUUGGGAACAUCCAGGUGUACGCGGAAAGAAAGCAAUUGCACGCACCUGUGUUUGGUGGCCCAAGAUGGUGAGGAUAUUGAGAGGGCUGUGAAAGCUUGCACAGUGUGUCAGUCGGUAAGAAACACCCCUCCUCAUGCCCCACUGAUACCAUGGAAAUGGCUGACCAGACCAUUUCAACGUGUUCAUAUUGAUUUCUGUCAAGAAGGUAAGGAUUAUUUUCUUGUGGUAAUUGACAACCACUCAAAGUGGAUUGAAGUAAAACAUAUGACCUCUACUACUACCUAACGUACUCUUGAUGAGCUUCGAUUGAUCUUUGCUGUUUAUUGUUUGCCAGAGGAGGUAGUGUCCGACAAUGGACCUCAAUUUACAGUCAAGCACACAUUAGUCCCCCCCAUAUCAUCCGCAAUCAAUUGGGGCAGCGGAAAGGUCCGUGAGAGUGGUUAAAGAAGCUUUAGCCAAACAAGUUAUUCAAGGCACCCAAGGUGUGUCUAUGAAACAUAGACUGGCAAAUUUUCUCCUUAGGUAUCGAACCACUCCUCACAGCACCAUAGGUGUGUCGCCAGGAGAGUUGAUGAUGAAGCGCCGUUUGAGAACAAGGUUGAGUUUGGUUAAACCUGAUCUAGCACAGGUCGUAGAGGGAAAGCAAGAACAGCAGAAAGUGUAUAAAGAUGGGAAAGGAAAGAGUGAGAGAACAUUUGAGAAAGAGGAAAGAGUGCGCGUGUAA